AUGCGUCCGGGUUCGCUAACCCACGCCCGCAGUUUUGUUAUGUUUCGGCGAUUGCCAUCGCCCCAUCCUAAUCUUCUAUUGGCCCGCAGCCUCUUCUUGGUGAGCGCCGCCGCUGCUUCCAAGGAUCCUCUUUGCCUUCCGAUGCUCGUGAAUUGUGCGCAUGAUCUGCAAACAUAUACUCCGCCAACUGGGACCUUGUAUAUGGCUAGCGGUAGUGUGGAGAUGACGAGUCGCUACACUGUCACUAGUCGUCCCCGUUGCGCGCCUGCACGGUUUAUCUCACGCCACCCACCCGCCUCACCCUGUCUUAUUACUGUUGCUAGUAUAACCUUUUUGUACUUUGUCUCAAACUCUCGCGUUUUCUCUUCUUUGGUUAGACGUAUGGUUGGCCCACCUACCCACGCUUUGCUCGAAUCUACUACUCUUUUUGGGCCCGGCUCCGCUACCCGCCUCCUGCCGUACUUUUCCCUCAGGAAGUCGAUCCCGACUCCUCCACCUAGAUCACACCGCGAGCGCGGAGUGAAGAGCGGUAUAUUUGAGUUACCUCACCUUGGGCUGGGGCGGAGUCUGGCGGGCAAAUCCGCGACAGAACACGGCCAAGCCAUAGAAGUACUGGACUCAUCCGAGGAAGAGAACGUAUCGGUUUCUCAUAAAUCACCCGGAAUGCCUUCUUCGAUGGCGGGUUCGCCUGACGUUCAGCCGCCACCUAAAUUCUGGAUUGAACUCCCGCCACUACCCCCAAAUCAUCACGAAUACGAACUUAUCCAAGUCCCACGUCUAUCAAGACGCUUUGGAUCGGUAGGCUCGAGUGGAGAGAGCUCAGAGCCACCAGCAGACGACGUUGUUGAUGCUCCAAUUCUUGAGAAGAUUGUCGGGGAAUACAGCAAUAACGGGAAGUAUUACUACUAUGCCGCAGUUGAAUCAGGCGUUAUCUACAGGUUCACUGCUCAUUCGGUGAAGAAUAAAUAUCCAGAGCUUAUAGAGGAAUACGAGCGUGAGCUGAAGGAUGGUACACUUUCUGAUUUCGAUCCGACGAGUACGAAAGUAAACCCCAAGCAUCGACUAAAACAUCACUCUAAGCCACCUCGACAACCUCAGAGGACUACUCGGGGCAAAUCGAGCCGUUCUUCCAGUGCAGCAUAUGGGAGCGAGCCUAGCGAAGUUCUUUCAAUAUCUUCCGGGGACGACAGCGAUGUCCCCGUUAGGCAAAGCUCCCGCAUUGCUACAAAUAACAAGAACAACAGAAAGCCAGCCACUCGCAAGCUACGAAAUCUAAACCGAAACAACAAUGCUGGCUCGUCAUCGGAUUUUGAAGACAAAGCUGAUUCUGGUUCCAAUUACACUGUCUCAUCCGACGGCCUCGGGAUUGUUCGACCUUUCAUCGAGGCGGUUGACUCUGACGACGAGGCGGAUGAGGCUGUUCUUCUCCGCCACCGACAACAUUGCGAAGCUUGUGGCCAGCCAUCUGCCUUUGACAUGCUCGAAAAACUGAGGAGACGCAAAGGGAAGGGGAAAUCUCGCGGUAGACAGCGAAAGAAGGACGACGACGACGAGGCAAGCGAACCUGAGGAGGAGCGUCUCGAGAACCUAGGCGGGUGGAUUCGUUGCCUACGCUGCUGUGUCGUUGGACAUUGGGGCUGCCUCAGUGCUGCACAGAGACAAGAAAUUCUAAUGACAAUCAAACGGCACGAGAACGAUUUGGCAAAGGCUGAAAAACGCGCCGAAGGAGUUGAGGUGGAUGAUAAUGCGGAGCUCGUUGAUAAGCGCAAACAGAUUUGGCUGGAUGAAGCGACCGAAUUCAUCUGUGGACAAUGCGCCAAAGGAGGUCGUUGCAUUAUUUGCAAAGAGGAGACAGCUCAUCGCCCGGUACCCGCCCCAGAUGAAGGAUCCAGCGCCGACAAAGCUAUCGACUUAGAUACUCCGCCCCCCGACAAAGCAAGCAACUUGGAGACUCCCAACAAAACUGGUGGCUCUGCUUCUGGACCCUCUCCACUUGGACCUGCUAAGCCUGGCGAGAUUCGCUCGCGUUAUGUGCCGCUCGGCGCACCGCAGAUUUUGUUCCGUUGUAUUACUUGCCGACGUCCCGCGCACUGGCAACAUCUACCUCCACGAGACCCAAACGACAAACACCAGAAUACUGCGUCUCAAGUUGCUGAGGCAUACGUGGAGCCUGGUCCUGAUCAAUGGAAAUGUCAUGAGUGUCUUCGACUCAAGUAUCCCGUAGAAAGUAUCUUGGGCUGGAGGCCUGACCCACCCGGCGCCACAGAGACGCUAGCGCGAGGUCAAAUCCCAAAGCCAAAAGACAUGCUUCCGAGAGAAUAUCUUGUUAAAUUUAAAGAAAGAGGAUUCAAGCGUGUCGAGUGGGUUCCCCAUAUGUGGAUGCUCGCGAUGCACGAAGGCCUAUUACGGAACUUUCUCAAGGACGGAACCAAAUUGCAUCUCCUCGAAGACGAUAGCGAGGAAUUUCUUGAUAAGAUCGGCAAGGCAGAACAAAGCGAUGACAAGGAAAAGGAUAAAAGCUCCGCUAACCGGGCGCUGGAUGUUUUGCCUACGUUCGCUCAGUCUCGGUCCAUCUCGGUCGAAGGAGAUGUGAAACCAAAACCUUCUUACGAGGAAACUCCUGGCCCAAUGCCUGAUGCUCAACUGCGUAUACCAAAUGCAUGGCUUCGUAUCGACCGAGUUCUGGAUCUCCGUUUGCGUCGUUUGAAACCCAAAAAGUCUGGCUCGAAAAGUGCUACAAGCACAAAGAGGCGCAAAGCUACCAGAGUCGCAGACUCGGAUGAGCUGGACGAAAUUGAAUCGGAAUCCGGAGAUCUGGCCGAGGCACACUUUGUGGAUGGCGAAGAACCUUCAAACGAUAUGAGCGAAUCAGUGGCUGACUUUGAGAUGAGAGAAGGCAGAAUGCCAAAUGCCGAGGAGCUUCUCGAACGUGCAGUAUGGGUUUACUUCAAGUUCGAAGAUCUACAAUAUGAUGAAUGUGUGUGGGACAGUCCUCCAAAGAUGGGAUCUUUGGAAUGGGACUCCUAUAAGCGUGCCGUGUCCCAAUACCUUUUUGCACAUGCUGUCCAAGUUGUCCGAUUAACAAAGGCAGAAGAGAAACAACGCGAUAACCGCCCACACCGAGACCUUAGUCAUUGGUCUGGAACGGAUCUUCAACCCAAGCUGGAAGAUGAAUCGCUGAAACUGAUGCCUUUCCAAGUACAAGGUUUACAAUGGCUCUACGGCAAUUGGUGGAACCUCCAGCCUAGCAUUCUUGCGGACGAUAUGGGUCUGGGAAAAACUGUGCAGCUUACCAGCCUUAUUGGCAGGCUUGUAUCAGAACAUGUCUAUCCGCAUCUGAUCGUUGUCCCGAACUCCACUAUAGUCAAUUGGAUCCGUGAAUUCGAGAGAUGGGCUCCCCAUGUGCGUGUCGUGCGCUUCAAUGGUGAAGCCAAGGCCCGUCAAGUGAUUAAGAAGUACGAACUGUGGAACACCGAGGGACAUCAAAUGUACCAUGCCUUGGUGACCACAUACGAAACACUUGCAGGACCCGAGUUCCAUCAGGUGUUCAAGAAACCCGCUGACUUCCAGAAAGUCAAAAACGAUUCAAGUCUCUUAUUUAGAAAGCUUAACGAACUAAAUACCAUCCAUCGUAUCUUGAUGACCGGGACUCCAUUGAACAACAACAUCCGCGAGUUGUUUAACCUGAUGAAUUUUCUUGAUCCCACAAAUUGGAAUAAUUUGGAUGAGCUUGAAGAAGAAUAUGAUCAGGAUAACCUGACAGAGGAACUUAUCGCGCAACUUCACGAAAGACUGCGACCCUACUUCCUACGUCGUCAGAAAGCUGAGCAUGAAGUCAUCGUCCCAGUUUCUUUGGUCCCGAUCCAGAAGGACAUUGUGCGAGCCAUAUUGGAGUCGAAUAUUCAGAGCCUAGGCCUAUUGGCGGAUAAGGAUCAAAAUCGCAAGGGCCCUGCCCCUAAAAAAUCGGCUUUGCAUAAUGCCUUGAUGGAGAUGAGAAAGUGCAUUCAGCAUCCGUACCUCAAUCAGCCCGACAUGGAGAGGAGAGGUUUGUCGCCGGAGGAAACUCAUAAGCAACUCAUUGAUGCAAGCGCCAAGUUUCGCUUACUCAAAAUUAUGCUGCCUCAACUCAAGAAAAGAGGUCAUCGAGUCCUUCUGUUCUCCCAGUUCAAAAUCGUGUUGGACAUUAUCGAGGACUUCCUAAACAUGGAGGGCUACAAACUACUGCGACUCGACGGUGAUACAAAAUCUUCGCUUCGACAAAAAGAAAUCGACGAAUACAAUAAGCCGGGGUCCGAAUAUUUUAUCUACAUUCUCACAACUCGGGCAGGUGGCGUGGGUGUUAAUCUUUGGAGCGCCGACACGGUCAUUGUAUUCGAUCCUGAUUUCAAUCCUCACCAAGACCUGCAAGCAAUUGCCAGAGCUCAUCGUUACGGACAGAAAAAUCGGGUAAUCGUUUUCAAAUUCAUGGCGAAGAAUACCGCAGAAGGUACGUCAAAAUUAUGGCAUUACGAAGGGUGUACUGACAAGAUCCCGUAUGAAGAGAAGAUAUUCAUGAUGGGCAAAAAGAAGCUCGUCCUCGAUCAUCUUAUUGUUCAGAAGCUCGGAGAUGAAGAUGAGGUAGAAGACAUCCAAGGUAUUCUUAUGUUCGGUGCAAAGGCCCUAUUCGAAAAUCCCGGCGAAUCAGCCUCAGACAUUAAGUACACCGAAAAAGACGUCGAGGAGCUCAUUAUCCGAGCGGAGACCGAGAAGAUCGAAGAGAAGCAACCCGGCGAAGGCGGUGGGAUGAAGUUCGAUUUUGCGCAAGUCUGGAAUCGUCAAGGAAGCAAUACCGAGGUCGGCCAAGACACUCAGGAGACAGAAGGUGAUGACGACUUUUGGGCUGGCGUCAUCAAACGCGCAGCCGAGGAGAAAGAGAAGAGACGUGCCCAGGUGCUCAUGGGACGUGGAGCUCGUAAACGAGCGAUUGCGAACUAUCGAGAAGGAGAUGUCGAGGAUUCCCCAGAAAGGAAGUCCAGGGAACAAGGCUCGAAAGAGAAGGAAGGCGAUGAGGAAAAAGACAAAGAAUUCAAGCCCGUGGGCGAAGGGUCAUCCAGUGGAAGCGAGGCUGGAUCAGAUGGGGCGCCCAGCUCUGACGACCAUCCCUACCCACCGCUUGGUAAUGAAAUUCCUCCGAUUCCUUUUCCUAAUAACUCUUCUAUGGUCCCUCCUGGACAUCCACCUACGGUCAACCAGCCAGGCUCGCUUGGUAUGACUCAAGGCAUUUUCCCGAGUACCGAAAUGCUGUAUACAAUGCAACUACCUAAAGCGAAGAAGCCAAGGAAGCCAAAUCACCCUCUCCCAAGUUCGCAUGUCUCUGCGCAACCUAAUGGGGUGCCCAGCACAUCUGGAGCCAUCGGUUCUCAAGCAGGCCCCGGAAACAGCCUUUAUUUUUGUCCUCACUGCCGCAAAAGACAUGGAACCGGCGGAUGUCCUGGGUCGGCUCUCAUUGACCAGCUUCUCAAAACGCACCGGGAAAUUCUCAGUCCAGACAACGAGGACGAACCUGAUCACAAAUACUGGGCUCUCCAUCACAUUGAGAAGAAACUAAAGGAUCAAGGUUUUGAUGUAUCUCAGGUUAAUAAACUGGAGCUCAACUCCGUCCCCUCCAAGGUGAAACCACCUUCGAAACCUAUCCUAGAUCCCAAGCCAAAGCCAAAGAAGCCAAAGCCAUCAGCUCCUAAUGCCGUUCAAGAACCAGUAGGUGAUAUGGCAGAGCUUUCGACAAUACCCAUGACAUCGAAUGUAAGCGCCCCGAAAAAGUACAUGCCUGCGCCUCCACCUGCAUCUAGACCCAACCCUGGACCUUCAACUACCGUUGAACACCCUGGCUAUUCUGCCUUUAGUGCUUUCCCAGGUAUCUCGAUACAAGCUUACAACGGACCAGCCGCCCUCAACUACGGUCCCACCCCUGCUCCUCUUCCAUUUGCUAAGCCCGGACCAGUCGCCACAUUCGCAUCAUCAACUGCCGAUGCGUUCAACGCAGCAGCCAGGGCCCAAAUUGGACAUACAUCAGGCUAUAGAACGGUCCCUCGUAUGGAAGCAGGGCCACAGCCGGCACACCCUACUGUCAACACCUCCGGUCGCGGCGUACCUCCAGGCAAUCCAAGUGUGCGCCCGGAUCCCAAAACCUCUACGAUGCCACACGCUCUCCCGAGUUCUUCGCAUUCUUCGGUACCACCUACAAUUAUACAGCAACCGAGCGUCGCAGCUGGCACAUCGGCCGCUUCGGUUUCUGCGCCAAAACGCCCUGCGAACAGCCCACCUGAAGAAACCCGGAAAAAGCAGAAGUAUAGCGCAUGUACCAUCUGCGGUCAAAAGCCAGGCCACCCUGCGCACGACUGCCCUAGUAUUAAAACAUACGAAGGACUACAGAGUGCAGUGAAGAAACUCGAAGAACAGGGACCUGAUGUGUAG